AUGCUCCGGCGCCUCUUCUCCAGCUCCCCAGACUCAAGGGGGGGAAUCCCGGGGCUGGAUCCCCACCCACCGCCCCCUGACCCUCGCCCCCGCGUUAGGCCCGGCUGGGGCGGAGCUCACAGCCCAGAUCUGGCGCCUUCUCCCGAAAAGACACAAACCCAACCCAGCCUAGCCGGGAUGAACCCCCGCCCCCGGCAUGCGGCAGCUCAGGGCCCAUCUGUGUCGACCCCCUCCUCUCCUGAACACCUGGAGCCCGCCCCCUGCCACCUGCCGUGCCUCUCCCUAGGCCUCCCGGGAUCUCUAGGACUCCUUACAGCUCCCUUCACAAGGUUUCCCCCGGAACUGCACACAGCCCCCUUCAAACUGGGCCCCCCAUCUCUUAAGAGCCCCUUUCUUCACUCAGGAAACCUUUCCUCACUCGGAAAUCCUGCCCUUUACGCGGAAGUACCCUGGUCCUUGGAGCAUGCACCGUCCCCCCUUCCCGGGGGCCCUUACCUGCUCCCGAGGGUCCCGCUUCCAUCCCAUAUACCCGUGCGGAGGUCAGGCGGCCCAGAGACUGUGGAGUCCAGUGUGAGGGGUCUAGAUACCCCGCACUCUAGCUGCUCAGGCUCCCGGGCCGGGCUCGGCUCCCCCCGCCAAGCCCGGCCGCUCGCGCCGCCACCGCCGCAGCCUCCGUUGCCGCCGCCGCCGCGGAGCCUGCAGCAGCUCCCCCUGCGAGCGCCCGGCCAGCUGCCAGUGCGCAGGCGCGACCGCCAGGCCCAGGGGGCGGACGGGAACGAGUCAAACGGGGCGCUCCGACGGCAACAAAGGCCAAUGGAGAGGGGCGGGGGCACCGGGGACCGGAGGCAGCGGCCCCUGGCGGUCACCCGUCGCCAUGCAGCCCGGCGGGAGGGCUCCGGUGGAGGCGCCGCGGCACCGCGCGGCCAAGUGCUGGGCGCUGAGACCACAGAUGUGAAAGAGACCUUGCCUACCCUGGAAGAUGUCACAUUCUCAAACUUAAGUGCAGCUACCGAGCACUACCUGCGGGACCUGGGAAGCACCUGUCUCCACUUUCUCAUCUACAGCUCACGCCUGAACUCAGUCAAUCCGCUUCUGCCCCUCACCACGCCACUUAAAACACUUUUUGUGUCUAAAUUCAAAGGAUAAUUUUCAGUCCCUAUUUCUCUGCGGCAUAUGACACUGUGCCUCUCCUUCCUUUUUGAGCCUUCCACUUGGCUUCAGCAUUUUCUGAGGUCUUCUAUUGUUUAUGUCCUCUUCAGUCUUCUUCAAGGACCCUUCCCCCCUGCUUUCAACGCAUUAAGUAACAGUGUUCAUCAUGGUUCCACACCCAGCUCUUCCUUCUCAUUCCACUUUCCACUUUCCCCUUAAAAGUGUCAUUCACUCUUAUGGCUCAACUAUCCUUCCAA